AGGUCACGCACAGCCCGUCUGACUUCCGCCGGGGCGACCCACGCGGCUCAGCUCGGGGCACACCCUUGCUGGGCGCGCUGUCGAGGUCUCGGAUCCCUGCCUUCUGCCGCCCUUGCACGCCAUGGUUCCCUCCCGGGUCCGGCCCGGGAGAUGGGCGGCCGCAGCCAGGGCGGCCCAGAGGCGCCCUCGUGUGGACAGCCCGGGACAGCCUCGGAGUCCCGAGUCCGCGAGCACGCGCGCGGCGCUUUACGUGCACUGGCCCUAUUGCGAGAAGCGCUGCAGCUACUGCAACUUCAAUAAGUACAUCCCCCGCGGCGUGGAGGAGGGAGCCUUGCGGAACUGCCUGGUGACUGAGGCGCGCACGCUGCUGCGGCUCAGCGGGGUGCAAAGGGUGGAGUCCGUGUUCUUUGGUGGAGGAACCCCGAGUCUGGCCAGCCCUCACACUGUGGCUGCUGUCCUGGAGGCCGUGGCACAGGAAGCCCAUUUGCCUGCAGAUUCGGAAGUCACAUUGGAGGCCAACCCCACUUCAGCCCCGGGUUCCAGGCUGGCAGCUUUUGGAGCAGCAGGAGUCAACAGGCUGUCCAUUGGUCUGCAGUCCCUGGAUGACACGGAGCUGCAGCUGCUGGGCCGGACUCACUCAGCGGGCGACGCUCUGCAGACGCUGGCCGAAGCCCGGCGCCUUUUCCCUGGCCGGGUGUCGGUGGAUUUGAUGCUGGGGCUGCCGGCACAGAGGGUGGAGCCGUGGCUCCAACGGCUUCAGAAACUGCUGCACCACUGUGACGACCACCUCUCCCUCUACCAGCUGACCCUGGAGCGGGGCACCGCACUCUUUGCUCAGGUGCAGCAGGGCACCCUCCCAGCGCCCGACCCCGACCUGGCUGCUGAGAUGUACCAGGAGGGCAGGACCGUCCUUCGAGACGCUGGCUUCCGCCAGUACGAGGUCUCCAACUUUGCCCGGAACGGGGCGCUCAGUACCCACAACCGGACUUACUGGCAGUGUGGUCAGUACCUUGGCAUCGGGCCUGGAGCCCACGGACGAUUCGUGCCCCGGGGAGCUGGAGGCCACACCCGGGAAGCACGGAUCCAGACACUGGAGCCAGACAACUGGAUGAAAGAGGUGAUGCUCUUUGGUCAUGGCACCCGGAAGCGUGUCCCCCUGGGCAAGCUGGAGCUGCUGGAGGAGGUUUUGGCUAUGGGGCUGCGCACUGAUGUGGGGGUCACUCAUCAGCACUGGCUGCGGUUUGAGCCCCAGCUAACCCUGUGGGACGCGUUCGGAAGCAGCAGAGAGGUGGAGGAGCUGUUGGCUCAGGAUCUGCUGCUGCUGGACUACAGGGGUCUCCGGUGUUCCUGGGACGGUCUGGCUGUGCUGGACUCGCUGUUGCUGACUCUCCUGCCUCAACUCCAAGAGGCCUGGCAGCACAGGACUCCCUCACCUGUGUCAGGAGGAUGACCAGCUGUUCCUCAGCGUAGGCCAGCACCAGCUGGACGUGGAAGGCUGAGCCAGCAUGGUGGGCAGCUCUCUUGUGCCCGCGGGUGCCUGCCUCUCUGCUUUAAGUGGUAUUGCUGGGCUCUGAUAUCCCCAUGCGGAUGGCUCCAGUGAACUGGAAGAGAGGACAUCUCUGGUCCAGGAACUGGUAUCCACACAGCAUCCCAGGAGCUACAGAUCAGCGUGUGUUCUCUGACUGGGAUGUACUCAUCACACACUGGCCUUUGUCGGCUCUUUUGGACACCCAAAACAAGCAAUAUUCGGAAGUCACUCUGCAGGGGACUGUGUCCAUCAGAGAAGCCUCCCUCAUUCUGGAGUAAAGCCCUGAGUUAGCUUGUAUGAUUCAAUAGAACUAAAUCCCCUCCAGGUAUCUUAAACAAGAAAAAAA